AUAAAAACUACAUGUUCCAAGAAAACCUCGGUGUCAUCGCAAGAGCUUCUGUUUACGAACAAGAAAUAUGAACAUGAGAGGAUUGAGUAAAAUUGACAAUAGUGAAGCCAGUGGUGUAAGUGACAGGUCUCAUCAUGGCGCUCCUAGGUGGCAUUCUGAAAUGGUUUGGAGCUGAGGCAAGUGGACUCCCUGUGACUGUGUGCCUCUUUCUGCUGUUCCUCUGCCUUCUUUACUAACACUUAGGGCCGGCACUAAACCCAUGAGCGAGAGUCUGAUCAUGUUAAAGGAUGAGCUCUGGAAACGCAUCAGCAGCGUCCUCACACUGUCUUUCAGUGCGGCCAAGAUGACAGAGCUGUGGUGUAGUGGCAGAAAGAGACAGAGGACACCACUCCUGUCGCUCUCCAUCAGACUCUUCAGUCGUCCUCAUCUGUCUGCCUACAUGCAGUCAAUAUGCAUCAACAGGAUCAAUAGGUCUUAUAAGACCUGCUGGCUUAUCACGGCUGCAGUCAUGGGUGUCAGAGAGGAGAGUCAGAGCCCUGAACAUAGAGUGUGGGCAGCCUCUCAUCUGACUGAGAUAGAAAGGAAGAGAAAAAGCGAUGGCAGGUGUGAAAGAGGGCAGUUCCAAGAAUCUUGUGCCUAGAGGUGCUUAAGCUGUCUUCAGCCCUUUGUGUCAUCUCUGGUCCUCUCCUCCCAAAUGAAUGGACCAAACAAGCACAGAUGGUUCCCCUAAUCAACAUGUUGUUACUGAGAAACCUGAAGACCCAUGCCGAGUUCGGGGACAGCUUUGACAUACACAAUGACAACGGGAUUUCCUGCAGCUAAUGCUAGAUGUGAGAAGCCGCCGUGAGUGUUUGUCUCUGGAGCAUUUUGAUGUGGUAAACCACCCCGAUGAACUGGCUUGCACAGAGCAGGGGACAGGCAACGGACAGGAAAACAGUCCUGGCCAUGAAUCCAGCAAGCGCACCCAGCAGAAGACAAUGAGGACAGAAGAUGAGAUCAUGGCUCAGUCCUUCAUCUUUCUGUUGGCUGGAUACGAGAUGAGCAGCAACACUCUAGCAUUCACGUGCUACCUGUUAGCAAUCCACCCAGACUGCCAGGCCAAAAUCCAACAGGAAGUAGACACGUUCUUCACCAGACAUGAGACAGUAGAUUACACUAAUGUCCAAGAGCUGAAGUAUUUAGACAUGGUCAUUUGUGAGGCACUCAGACUCUACCCACCUGCAUUCAGGUUUUCGCGAGAAAUAGGGCCAGAAUCUGUGGUAAACGGACAGUUUCUACCUAAAGGGUCAUCCCUGGAAAUUCCUGUUGGGUUCCUUCACCAUGAGCACUGGCCCGAACCGGAGAAAUUCAUUCCAGAGAGGUUCACUCCAGAAGCCAAGGCCAGCCGGAACCCAUUUGUAUAUCUGCCGUUUGGAGCAGGGCCACGCAGCUGUGUGGCCAUGAGGUUCCUCUGGAGUUAAAGUCAAGCACCACCCUUGGACCCAAGAAAGGAAUUCUUGUCAAAAUCAAGAGAGAGAAUUGAGGAUUCGAGGCGUAUUU